CCUCCUUUUAAUGAUAUCAAGGGAGCCGGGCCGAAAGGUGAGACUGACAGAAUCGAUGUAAAAGAUGAACGAAGCUCUGGCUCCACUUCACCCAACGACUUGCAUGAAGCGACCUUAUGGGAGAGACAACGCGAUCCUUACCUGGGCAAAUCAGAACGCGAUAUUGUUGUCGAUCUUGAAGGCCUUAUUCAGCAAUAUGAUCUUCAUGACCUCAAGGAAGAGCUCACUCGUGGUGCUCGCUAUGCCUACAAUCGUGAUGAUACUGAUCGACUUGACCCCAACGAGGAUGAAAGACAUUGGAUCGCANAAGAGAAAAGCUCGGCGUUCAAGGAUAAAUGGUCUCAAACGAAGAUGAUGUAUUACGUUGCAGGCAUGGACCAAACUGCAGUGAAUGGAGCUCAACUCUUUUACUUCGAGGACUUUGGUAUUACCAACACAUGGGAGCAGGGUCUGAUCAAUGGUGCUCCUUACCUUUGCUCAGUCCUCAUAGGCUGUUGGACGUCACCCGUUCUGAACAAAUACCUCGGUCGACGUGGCACUAUCUGGAUUUCAUGUUUUGUUUCCGUUGCUUCUGGAGCUUGGCAAGGUGCGACUUUCGGCAAAUGGCAACUCUUCGCCUCAAGAUUCGUUGGUGGUUUCGCUAUUGGUGCCAAAUCUUCAACCACGCCUGCUUAUGCUGCUGAGUGUUCGCCACCUCGGAUCAGAGGCGCAUUGGGAUCUCAAUGGCAGAUGUGGACUGCGUUCGGUAUCAUGUUAGGCCUCAUCGCCUCUGUAGCAUUCUACCCCAUACAAGUUGAUGGCUACCCUGGCCUGAACUGGAGAUUAAUGCUUGCCUCAACAAGUAUCCCUCCAAUCGUCGUCUGCUGCAUGACGACCUUCGCACCCGAGAGUCCCCGUUGGCUCAUGAGCAAAGGUCGUUAUCGCCAGGCUUUCGAGUCCCUCUGCAGACUUCGUCAAUGUCGUUUGCAUGCAGCUCGUGAUCUUUACGAUAUUCACGUCCGUCUGAUGCUUGAACACGAGCUGAAACCAAAGACUGCUUGGGCUAGAGCAACUAAGUUGUUCUCAGUGCCGAGAAACCGUCGUGCUGCACAGUCUGCGUUCUUUGUCAUGUUUAUGCAGCAAUUCUGUGGAGUUAAUGUAUCCGAGCCAAAACUUCUACAUACGUCACGCAUCUGGGCUGACAGAUCUAUUCCAGNNGUUAUCGCAUAUUACAGCUCAGCCAUAUUCAGGGAGGCUGGUUUUGGGGAUCAACAGGCACUUCUUGCUUCUAUGGGCACUGGCAUCAUCAACUGGUGGCUUCUGCUCACCACAUUUCCAUACAUGGCUGCAUGUCUGUUCUUCACUGGGUUCUCGUUCUUCAUCCCUGCAGAGGGUACUGCUCGUAUCGGAUGUGUGGCAACUGGAAUCUAUCUAUUCAUGGUCGGCUAUAGUCCAGGUAUGGGUCCAGUGCCUUUCACUUACUCUGCAGAGUCAUUCGUAAUCCGCGACACCGGUAUGGCAUUUGCGACUGCCACAUGCUGGGGCUUCAACUUCCUUCUCGCAUUGACCUGGCCUCCUCUUCAAGAAGCAUUUACAUCUCAAGGCGCCUUCUGCUGGUAUGCUGCGUGGAACCUCUUCGGCUUUGUGUUCACGUGGUUCUGUCUGCCUGAGACCAAAGCUCGACCGCUUGAGGAGUUGGAUGCUGUUUUCAACAUCAGGACGAGAGACCACUUCAAGUAUUAUCUGAUCAAGACACCUUUGAUUGGGAAAGGCCAUGUGGGCAAUGAUUUGGUGGAUGUAGCUACAGUGCUUGAGGGAAGGGAUAUGAAGGGUCACGUUUAG